AUGGUAAGUUUGAAUUUUAUUGUUGCAUUAAAGUUUGCAAAUGGUGGUGGUGAUAGCGACAACAAAGGUUCUAGUGGUGGUGGUGAGGGAGAUAGUGGUGGGCAUGGACGUGGACCUCGUGCUAGGGUGUGGUGGGGUGGGUUUUGUGAUGCAGCAGGAUUUGAGUCAAGAGAUGCUGAUUUGUCGGAUAGUACGAUGAUGGCGCUGAGAUGCGAUGAGAUGGUGGAUCGGUGCAAAGAUGGAAAAAUUGCUAUUAUGACCCCAAUUCGGAAAGCUCUUUUCGACGCGCACAUCGUGGCCACCAGCUAUGCUUGGUGGGCAUCAAUUUCGAGCCUAAAAUCUGCUCUGGAAACACCCAGGCAGCGGUUGGCUGCUCUACUGAGUUUUGAACAUUUCCUUUUUCUUUCUAGACUAGUAAAACAUCUAGCUAAGCUUAAAAAGUUCAACAUACCAUUCACUCCUGUUGAGGAGAUGGAAUCCUUCACCCGUCCCACUGGAAUAGAAUACAUGCGGAGAUUUUUCCGCCUCGACAAACAAUUCUCAUUAAAAAAAAAUGCACUUAGGAUUCUCAGAAAAUCCCAGAAUUUCGAUCAUCUCCAAAAACAAAGAGUAAGUAAGAAAAAAAAAAGAAAAUUUCUGCAUCUGCAUAGAAAAACAAAGCAAGAAAAGGAGAAUCUGAGCUUCUGUAACAAGGCUUGGAGAGAGAUGAAUCGUUUAGCGCUAAAUGCCUUCAUGUUAUGCUUUUCUUGUUUUAAUGAGAAAAUGAUCAAAAAGGCUCCAUUCAUUUGCGGUUUAACGUGUCAACUUAAUGCAGUGGCCUCUCCAUCAGCCUCACUCGAUGUACAGAGCUCGAAAUCUAGCCAACCUUCAGGAGGCUUAUACUUUUUCCUUGGAGCCAUAGUUAUACUUCUCAUUUUGCUAAUUCUGUUAUUUGUCUUCCGAAAAUUCAUCAAUCCAUCGAAGUGGAAGACCUUUUUCGCUUGCACAAGGAAGCAACCAGUAGCUAAGGAUAUCUUAAGCAGAAAUCUUCACACAAUAAGCUGGUUCGACUUUCAAACACUGAAGAAGGCAACCAAGAAUUUUCACCAGGAUAAUCUACUUGGACGAGGAGGAUUUGGGCCAGUCUUCUUGGGAAAAUUAGAAGACGAGAGAUUGGUCGCUGUAAAGAAACUAUCUGUUGACAAAUCCCAGCAAAGAGAAUCAGAAUUCCUAGCAGAGGUGAGGAUCAUCACCAGUAUACAACACAAGAACCUAGUCCGCCUUCUGGGGUGUUGCUCUGAUGGAGAUCAGCGGCUACUUGUGUAUGAAUACUUGAAGAAUAGGAGUUUAGACCUUAUAGUAUAUGGGAAAAGUGAUCUGUUUUUGAACUGGAGCGCUCGCUUCCAAAUAAUUCUUGGAAUUGCUCGAGGCUUGCAGUACCUGCACGAAGAUUCACACAUGAGAAUUAUACAUAGGGAUAUCAAGGCAAGCAACAUCCUCUUAGACGACAAAUUUCAACCUAGGAUUGGAGAUUUUGGCCUAGCAAGGUUUUUUCCUGAAGAUCAAGCUUAUUUGAGCACUAAUUUUGCUGGAACUUUAGGUUACACUGCGCCUGAGUAUGCCAUUCGAGGAGAAUUGUCUGAAAAAGCUGACAUAUACAGUUUUGGAGUUCUCGUGCUUGAAAUUAUUAGCUGCAGGAAAAAUACCAAUCUUACUUUGCCAUCAGAAAUGCAAUACCUUCCAGAAUAUGCCUGGAAGCUGUACAAGCAUUCUCGGUUGAACGAUUUAAUCGAUCCAAGAAUUCGAGAAGAUGGGAUUGUCGAAAAGGAGGUUAUGCACGCGAUUCACGUGGCGUUCUUUUGUCUUCACCCUCAAGCAUCUUCAAGGCCAGCAAUGUCUGAGAUUGUAGCAAUGCUGACAUGCAAGGUCGAAAUUGUACAAACGCCUAGUCGACCCAUCUUCUUGGAGCGAAAGGGAAAGAAAGAUGAAAAAAUUUCAUGGGACAGUAUAUCGGAGGCUCUCCCUUCUCCACUGAAGAGUGAUUCCCCUUCGUAUCAGCAUUCAAAGUAAGGCGUUCUCACAUAUCAGAUUCUCCCGGACAUGCUGUUAACAAAAAUCAUUCUUAUGGCUUAGGGUGCCUUUCAUCGUUGAGUUAAAACUUGUUAGUUUUUCAACGGAAUGUUGGGUUAGGAAGACGAUAAUGAUAUAUAUUGGUCUUCCACGCCAAACAUUGCAGUAGAAAAACUAACGGAUUUUAACUGACUAAUCAAAUUGAAAUAAAUUAAGACUUGAGAGGUACUUUUUUGACAAAAUAAAGUUUAGUGAUUAACGUGAAACUCUGUUAUAAGUAGACUAAUGGUAAUUUUUUUUACCC